UAAGCACAGACAUUCUGGCCCCUUUAUUCCCAAGUAUCUCAAGCAAUCAAAGAGAGGAUGUCAUCAUACACAGCCAGAGUGGUUUUUUUCCUGCAAAACCUUUGCAGUGACCAUUCUCCAAGGCCGCUAUGACACAGUGCAACAGGUGCUCUGCUCAAGGCUUUACUGCAGAACCCCUAGGCAGCCGGCCGCUGUCCACAGAGAAUGUACACAUCGGCCUACUCCUGUGGGUGCUGCUGAGUCAGGAGAGGCUGGCCAGAAUGGGGGACUCCAGAGACCUCUGUCCUCACCUGGACUGCAUAGGGGAGGUGACCAAAGAGGAUUUGCUGCUUAAAUCUAAGGGAACCUGCCAGUCAUGUGGUGUUGCUGGACCUAAUCUAUGGGCUUGCCUCCAGGUCACCUGCCCCUAUGUUGGCUGUGGAGAGUCUUUUGCUGACCAUAGCAGCAUUCAUGCACAGGUGAAAAAGCACAACCUGACUGUGAACCUGACCACAUUCCGGGUGUGGUGCUACGCCUGUGAGCGAGAAGUCUUUCUGGAGCAGCGCCUGGCAGUCCACCUGCCCAGCUCCUCAGCCAAGCUCUCAGAGCAGGACUCCCCACCACCCUCCCACCCUCUGAAGGCUGUCCCUAUUGCUGUGGCUGAUGAAGGAGAGUCCGAGUCUGAGGAUGAUGACCUGAAGCCUCGAGGCCUCACAGGCAUGAAGAACCUGGGGAACUCCUGUUACAUGAAUGCUGCCCUGCAGGCCUUGUCUAAUUGCCCCCCACUCACCCAGUUCUUCCUGGAGUGUGGUGGCCUGGUGCGCACAGACAAGAAGCCCGCCUUGUGCAAAAGUUACCAGAAGUUGAUCUCUGAGGUGUGGCACAAGAAACGGCCAAGCUAUGUGGUCCCCACCAGCCUGUCCCAUGGGAUCAAGUUGGUCAACCCAAUGUUCCGAGGCUAUGCCCAACAGGACACUCAGGAGUUCCUACGCUGCCUGAUGGACCAGCUUCAUGAGGAGCUCAAGGAGCCCAUGGUAGCCGCUGUGGCAGUACUCACUGAUGCUCGGGACUCAGAUUCCAGUGACACAGACGAGAGGCGUGAUGGCGACCGGAGCCCGUCAGAGGAUGAGUUUCUGUCCUGUGACUCGAGCAGUGACAGGGGUGAGGGUGAUGGGCAGGGCCGUGGUGGAGGCAGCUCAAAGGCUGAGAUGGAGCUGCUGAUCUCAGACGAGGCGGGCCGAGCCAUCUCUGAGAAGGAGCGAAUGAAGGACCGCAAGUUCUCCUGGGGCCAGCAGCGCACCAGCUCGGAGCAAGUGGAUGAGGACGCUGAUGUGGACACGGCCAUGGCCUCCCUUGAUGACCAAUCCAGAGAGGCCCAGCCACCAUCACCAAGGCCCACCAGCCCCUGCCAGACCCCAGAGCCAGACAAUGAAGCCCACAUACGCAGCUCCUCUCGCCCCUGCAGCCCUGUCCACCACCACGAGGGUCAUACCAAGUUGUCCAGCAGCCCUCCUCGUGCAAGCCCCGUGAGGAUGGGGCCAUCGUACGUGCUCAAGAAAGCCCAGGUGCCGAGCACUGGUGGCCGGAGGCGAAAGGAGCAGAGCUACCGCAGUGUCAUCUCAGAUGUCUUCAAUGGCUCUGUCCUCAGCCUAGUGCAGUGUCUUACUUGUGACCGGGUGUCUACCACAGUGGAGACAUUCCAGGACCUGUCAUUGCCCAUCCCUGGCAAGGAAGACCUAGCCAAACUCCACUCUGCCAUCUACCAGAAUGUACCAGCCAAGCCGGGUGCCUGUGGGGACAGCUAUUCCUCCCAGGGCUGGCUGGCCUUCAUCAUGGAGUACAUCCGACGGUUUGUGGUAUCCUGUACCCCCAGCUGGUUUUGGGGACCUGUUGUCACACUGGAAGACUGCCUGGCUGCUUUCUUUGCUGCAGAUGAGCUGAAGGGUGACAACAUGUACAGCUGUGAGCGAUGUAAGAAGCUUCGGAAUGGCGUGAAGUACUGUAAAGUCCUUUGUCUGCCUGAGAUUCUGUGUGUCCACCUGAAGCGCUUCCGACAUGAGGUGAUGUACUCCUUCAAAGUCAGCAGCCAUGUCUCUUUCCCCCUCGAGGGACUUGACCUACGUCCUUUUCUGGCCAAGGAGUGCACGUCCCAGGUCACCACCUAUGACCUCCUCUCUGUCAUUUGUCACCAUGGCACAGCAGGCAGUGGGCACUACAUUGCCUACUGUCAGAACGUGAUCAAUGGGCAGUGGUAUGAAUUCGAUGACCAGUAUGUCACCGAGGUCCACGAGACAGUGGUACAGAAUGUGGAGGCCUACGUGCUGUUCUACAGGAAGAGCAGUGAGGAGGCCAUGCGUGAGCGGCAGCAGGUAGUGUCCCUGGCUGCCAUGCGGGAACCCAGCCUGCUGCGCUUCUACGUGUCCCGAGAAUGGCUCAACAAGUUCAACACCUUUGCAGAGCCAGGGCCAAUCACCAACCACACCUUCCUGUGCUCCCAUGGAGGUAUCCCACCCAACAAAUACCACUACAUUGAUGACCUGGUGGUCAUUCUGCCGCAGAGCAUCUGGGAGCACCUGUAUAGCAGGUUUGGGGGUGGCCCUGCUGUGAACCAUCUGUAUGUGUGCUCCAUCUGCCAGGUGGAGAUUGAGGCCCUGGCCAAGCGCAGGAGAGUGGAGAUUGACACUUUCAUCAAGCUGAAUAAGGCGUUCCAGGCUGAGGAGUCUCCCGCAGUCAUCUACUGUAUCAGCAUGCACUGGUUCCGAGAGUGGGAGGCUUUCGUCAAGGGGAAGGACAGCGAGCCUCCUGGGCCCAUCGACAACAGCAGGAUUGCACAGGUCAAAGGCAGUGGCCAUAUCCAGCUAAAGCAGGGGGCUGACUAUGGGCAGAUUUCUGAGGAGACCUGGACCUAUCUGAAUAGUCUGUAUGGGGGUGGCCCUGAGAUUGCCAUCCGGCAGAGUGUGGCCCAGCUCCCAGACCCAGAAAGCUUGCACGGAGAACAGAAGAUUGAGGCUGAGACUCGGGCUCUGUGACUUGGGCCACGCUGAGUUGUGGCUGGCCCUACUCCCUCUCCAGACAGCCCUACAUCCCUCUGAAGGCUGUGUCCUGCUGUGUGCCCACUGUCCCUGAAGGCUGGUAUUCAACAUUCCUCAGAGGGUGUGUCUGUGCCUGCAGCUGAGCUGCUGUGUGCCUGGUACAGAGGCUGAGAGCGGCUGGCCCGCCUUGAGAGAUGCUGGGAAAUAUAUCCGCUCAGACUUCUAAGGUCUCUGACUGUCAUCGCUGUGUCCUCCAGACUUGCCCUCUUGCUAACUUGGGCCCAGCUUUUGUCCCAGGAGCCUCAUGCUGCCCCUUAGACAAUGCUGUCCCCUAGGAUGGGGGCUAGGAGCAGCUGCACCUUUUGGGUAUUAUCUGCUGUAUACUUAGACCAACACCUUGGGGACUCAGAGAGGUAGAUGUCCUUGCACAGGGGCAGAAUGGAUAGGGGCUCUGUGUGUAGGCCAACAGCCCCUCAUAAUCACAGUGGAGGCCCGGCUGCCCGUGUUUGGUCUGUUGUGCUUGGAACAGAGAAGGUGCAAGCUUUGCUUUAGAGGGUAGAAGACCUGCCACCUUGUCCUGUUGAGACCACUGGUAGAUUGGCUGUCUUUUGCCUUUUGAAGUGGCUCCUAAGCCCCUAGGGGGAGGGAAACCAGAUACCUCAUGCUCUGGCCCACUGUUUGAUGCUUGCCCCACCUGUGGUCUAGAGUGAGCCCGAUCCCCUGCCCCGCCUCUAGCACCAACUCUGAGGGAAUGUGAUCUGUGGCCUCUCACACAGGCAUGUGCUAGGCUGCUGCAGACUGACUGGGACCUGCUGAGCCUAGAGAGACUGCCCUGUCUGGGGUCCUAGAAAAGCCUGAACAGAACUUCCAGGGCAUGGUGUUCAAAGCUAAGUCUGGGGUGGUGAGGGGGGAUCCUGGGACCAAGAGGGCUCCAGUGGCCACCAGUCUCUUCAGAAGUGGGCACCAGCAGCUCAGCCCAAAGUCCUGGGUGUUUAGUGUCCCGCUGUGGUGGGUGGCAUGUGACUCCAUGGCCGGCUGCUGCUGGGACGUGCCCUGUUGGCUGCCAUCUUUUGAAGUCUCUGCUGUAGAGCCUUUAGUUCACUGCACUACUGUGACGCAGUCUGGUUUGUGUUCAGAAUGUCACAAUAAAUACAUGUUCCUCUCCUGCCCCUA